CCACCAUUCAAAACCCAACUCAGAAAUAUCAAUAUUUUACAUUACUUUUUCACCAAAAGAUAUUUUCACUGAAGUAAUUGUGUUAUAUUAUAUUUACCAUUACUUCUUCUAAUGGCUCAAAAAGAAGCAAAGACUUCUGAAGAAGUUAAGCCUCCUGCGGAGCCAGCCAUGGUCAUUGCUUCAACCGCAGCUCCGGCUCCUUCGUGGUUCACGCCCAAGAGGUUACUUGCUAUCUUUUGCGUGAUUAACUUGUUAAAUUAUGUGGACCGAGGAGCAAUAGCAAGCAAUGGUGUCAAUGGGAGCCUCGGAACUUGUACAGAAAGUGGUGUAUGCACAUCCGGUACCGGGAUACAGGGGGAUUUUAACUUGAGCAACUUUGAAGAUGGAGUUCUCUCAUCAGCUUUUAUGGUUGGACUUCUUUUGGCUUCUCCUAUAUUUGCAUCAUUAGCAAAGAGUGUAAGUCCGUUUAGGCUCAUUGGAGUUGGAUUAUCAGUUUGGACCUUUGCUACAAUUGGUUGUGGUUUUUCAUUCAACUUCUGGUCCAUUACUUUCUGCCGCAUGUUAGUUGGUGUUGGGGAGGCUUCAUUUAUUAGUCUUGCAGCUCCAUUCAUUGAUGAUAAUGCCCCAGCUGCUCAGAAAACUGCGUGGCUUUCUAUAUUCUAUAUGUGCAUACCAAGUGGAUAUGCACUUGGCUAUGUUUAUGGUGGUUUGGUUGGAAGUCAUUCCAAUUGGCGUUAUGCUUUUUGGGGGGAGGCAAUCCUGAUGCUUCCAUUCGCUAUUCUAGGAUUUAUUAUGAAGCCUUUGCAGCUGAAAGGUUUUUUUCAUCCUGAAUCAACAAAAGCACUAACAGCAGUGGAGACAGCUGUCUCAGAAGUCCAAGGUUCAGGUAAUUUGAAUGGUAAAGAUGGUUCCUUUUCCAUUAAGGAAGAUCUCAGAAAUUCUACCAUACAGAAAUCUUCCAAGCUAAAAGUUGGGACAAAAAUAAUGAAUCAAAUUUCAAGGUUUAUGAAAGAUAUGAAGGUGCUUUUGGUUGAAAAGGUUUAUGUUGUUAAUGUUCUAGGUUAUAUAGCAUACAACUUUGUCAUAGGUGCAUACUCGUAUUGGGGGCCUAAGGCUGGUUAUAAUAUAUAUCAUAUGAAUGAUGCAGAUUUGAUAUUUGGAGGUAUUACAAUUGUGUGUGGAAUAUUGGGCACACUAGCAGGAGGUUUUGUUCUGGAUUAUAUCAAUAGCACUAUCUCUAAUGCUUUCAAGCUUCUUUCAGCAGUAACGUUACUUGGAGGAGCAUUUUGCUUCGGUGCCUUUUGCUUCAAGAACAUGUAUGCUUUCCUAGCUCUUUUUGCAGUUGGGGAACUACUUGUCUUUGCAACUCAGGGCCCUGUAAAUUACAUUUGUCUCCAUUGUGUUAAACCUAGUAUGAGGCCACUAUCUAUGGCUAUUUCUACUGUUUCAAUUCACCUUUUUGGGGAUGUACCUUCCGCACCUCUUGUUGGAGUUCUCCAGGAUUCCAUUAACAACUGGAGGGCGACUGCUCUUAUUUUAACAUCUAUUUUCAUUCCAGCAGCAGGAGUAUGGUUUAUAGGAAUCUUUCUGCACAGCGUGGAUAGAUUUAACGAAGAAAGUGAGAAUCAGAUCUCGACAACUGAAAGGUCAAACACAACACCAUUGCUUAAAGGGAAGAAGACAGAAACAACUGAAUCUGCCGCUGAACCCUAAGACUUGGCCUUUUUCUCUUAGCUUUGAUUGCAACCUGUCACUGUGUCACAUAUUCAGGUCUUGUCUAGUAGCCUAGUAGGUUCCGUUAAUUCCUGUAAAUAUGGUCUGAAGUGCAACUUUUUAAAAAUUAUUUAUUUACAUUUUUAUUUUCCAAUGGAUGUGUUUAUAUUUGUUUUCCUCUUUGAACUUUUGUUCAAGGAUUGUACAAAAUGCAAAUUAAUAAUUUGAGCAUUUUCUCGUGCGACAACAUGUAUUUUACGAAGUAUUUAUACCA